UUCAGUCGAGGCGCGCCACUCACUCGGCAGGUACGAAGCGCCGCGCAAAGAGUGAUGUCCGCAGACGAGCCUUAAAGCGCGGGACACUUCUUCUCAUUUCUCAUCAAAUUCUCGCACUUAAUUCGAAGUCAAAUAUUAAUUAUGGCAGCCGCGAAGCCACACGACAUGAACGGAGGCUCCGAGAUGGACCCGUGUCUGAUGCUGGACGGCCACCGGAAGGCCAAGUUCGCCGAAGACGGCGCCUCGAUGGACCUGGACGGCGCCGCCGCCAAGGGCAUCGCCAAGAAGAGCGCCCUCCAGAGGGCUGAGACGUACCUGAGGGAGAAAAGCGCCCUCAACCGGCGCCAGUUGAUCUUCGUGCUGGCCACCGCCGUGGCCGCCUUCCUCCUCCUCAUCGUGGUCAUCGUGCUGGCCGCCUGCUGGCCGCGCUCCACCCACGCCAAGGACUUCCCCGUCUGCAGACUGCCCGCCUGCCUCCAGGCUUCAGCACAGAUGUUGCACAUGAUGAACGAGACUGUGUCACCGUGCGACGACAUCAGGAGUUUCUCCUGCGGGGCCUGGCUUUCUGACCAUCCAUUGCCCUCAACAAGAUCGAGUUGGAACCAAAAAAGACAGCUCGAAUUUGCAACUCGGCAAAGGAUACGAGAAUUGAUAAACACAAUGCCUCACGCAAACAGAAUAUCUUCAGUCUCGUGGAAAAUCAAACACUUCUACGAGUCGUGCAUGUCUCUGGACAACCUGGAAGCGGACAAGGCACAGCCCCUCAGAAAAACCAUCACACAACUAGGUGGCUGGCACGUGUUGCGAGACUUUGACAUGCUCUCCUGGGAAUUCCCUCGAGUCCUCGAAAUCCUCCACAAAGACUACGGAGUGAGUCCGUUUUUCAAGAUUUCUGUCGUAGUCGACGCCAGAGACCCAAGUCAAAACAUCAUCCAAGUGAGUCCGGCGGGUCUUGGUUUGCCUGACAGGAGUUACUACUACAGAGGGACGAACAAUCCCGUGGUGAUUGCUUACAAGCGGUACUUAAAAGACAUGGUCCAGCUGUUGGGGGCCACUGGUCCGGACGCUUCGAGUUUCGCCGAGGAGAUGUUCCAUUUCGAGAAGCGUAUCGCCGAGAUUACGCCUUCAUUGGACGAAUUGCAGGACCCGGCCACGACGUACAAUAGGAUAACACUGGAGGCGCUCAAGAGCCACGCUCAAUCGAUUCCGCUGCUGCAAAUUCUGAACGCCAUGUUCCCGAAGAAGAAUAUCGCCGAGACCACCGAAAUUCUGGUCGUUUCCAAGCAGUACUUGAGCACCAUCUCCAGAAUCAUCUCGACAACUGACAGAAGCGCGUUGAACAACUACGUCUUGUGGACUUUUGCCUCGGCUUACCUUCCUUACUUGUCACAGGAAUUCACUGACAUUGUCAACGAAUACAACAAAGAGCUCACAGGUUUGGCGGAACCGGUGCCAAGAUGGGAAAUGUGUGUGAGCACUUUGCAGAAGUUCAUGGGACUGGCAGUGGCUGCCAUGUACCAGAAAUCAGAGACUGACACUGAACAGAAACGCAAAAUUGUCACAGAAAUGUUUGAGGACCUUCGAGGAGUUGCCAGUGAUGAGAUCGCAAACUCAAACUGGAUGCCUGAAGAUCUGAAGGACCACGUUUUCCAAAAGGUGUCGGUCAUGGGAAUCCAAGUGGGCUUCCCGCAGUUCAUGCUGGAAAACUCGUACUUGGAAACGUAUUACUACGAUUUCUACAUCCAGAAAAAGGACUUCUUCACAAACAUCAAAUACGGUGUGGUGUUCAUCAGAAGGGACGAUGCGCUCAGGAGGUACAAGUCACCUUCAGAAGAGAACCGAUGGGCGGGCGCCCUGGUUGGUUCCGAGGUCACCUACGAGCCGACGGCAAACAGGAUCAUUGUGCCCCUGUCCCUCCUGCAGCCUCCCUUCUUUCAGGGAAAUCUCUCAAGAGCAAUGUUGUAUGGUACGCUUGGAGUUCGCUUGGCCAGCGCAAUAGUUUCAAGCACCACCCUGUACGGAGGAGUACUCGCCGACGCUCAGGGCAGGCUACUCCUCCCUGAGGCGCCCGUCAUGAACUUGGACGGCAGCUCGAUGCCCAGCAGCAUCCACGCCCAGGCCAAGGCGACGGCCAGGAGGGCGCAGUUGUGUCUUGUGCACUCGCUGGCCAGCACUGAAAGUGAGACUGACAGAAUCAGGGUCAACAGAACAGCCCACCAGGUCAACACAAACAUCAAUGCGGUGUCCCUAUCAUUCAGAACAAUGAUGAGGACGUCAAGUGUGCUGCCUCAUGUGCACCAGCCAGCAUUGGAGACCUAUGAGGAUGAUGCCCUAUUUUACAUUUCGUAUACACAGAUGACCUGCUCUCAAGCAGCUCCUCAGCAACAAGACAUGGACGAAGUUGUGAAUUAUCAAUUAGACGAUGUCUUUUCGUUGCGAUUGACAAUGAGAGAGCAGCAGCCUUUCAGCAAAGCAUUCGAUUGCUCCCGAGAAUCUCUACUUUAUUCCAGAACGAGCUGUGUCAAAUACUGAAGCAACUGACAAGUAUCGAGCGCAUCAUCAUGCAGAACCAACAAACAAACCAUUCAAGAGAUAGCCAAGCACCGUCCAGAUAUUCCAGUUCUGUUGAAGCAUUUCACACACGUCAUGCAUUACUUAUUAGUGUUAAUGUGCCAAUAGUAUUUUAAAGCGGCUAGAUUUUUAUAGAGUUUUUAAUUUUUAGCUAUCUUUGUUCCUGUUUAGUUGGCAUAAUUUCCCCGAAAAUGAAUGUACAUAAUUAAUAUAUAAUUAUAUACUCGAAAAGCCAUCGUGUAAAUACAGGAAAAAAAGAAGCGAGCGCGUUUGUUCUGUUUUUCGAACUAUCCGUUUAUGAGAGUAUUUGCUAAGGAUUAAAAAUUGUGAGGUUGUUUAUCAAAACGCAUUAAUCAUAGAGUGCUUGUGGUGAUGUACAGCUUGUUUCAAAUAAACGUUGCACACAAAAAUUAAAAAAAAACUGACCAAGGAAUAAAAAAAAAUA